AUGACAGUCGACAGUGACUCCAAUGAGACAGUACAGGCUGAAGUUACUGAGAAACUCCGAGACAAACUGCAGCUGGACCAUCAGACCGGAGAUCUCAAGAUCAGAAACAUCAGAAGCGCAGACUGUGGACUCUAUGAACUUGAUAUCAACAGCCCCAGAGGGUCAUCCAAAAAAUCCUUCAGUAUCAGUGGUGUGGCGUCGGAUGACACGAAGGUUGUGUUGGUGAUGGAGAGAGACUCUGUCAUUCUACCUUCGGGUCUAUCUAAAAUACAGAGAGAAGAUCAGAUAACCUGGAAGUUUAAAGACACACUCAUAGCUAAAAUAAAUGAAACCGCUGGAAUCUUCUCUACAUAUGAUGAUGUUUUUGAUGGGAGAUUCAGAUACAGACUGCAUCUGACCAAUCAGACUGGAUCGCUCAUCGUUACUAACGUCAAACCCAACAUCUCUGGACUUUAUGAAAUCAACAUCAGCAAGAGCAGCAGCAGAUACACCACGCACAAGACGUUCAAUGUGACUUCCAAGGAAGGAGAAAGCAGGCAGUCUGUGACGGAGGGAAAUUCUGUCACGCUACUAUCUGGUGUUUCUGAAAUACACAGCGAUGACGUGAUCGCAUGGAGGUCUGAGCAUGGAGACUCUAUCAUAGCAAAAAUCGAUAGAGGGAAGGUCUUCAAUACGCUGGACGGAGCUGAUGGGAGAUACAGCGGCACACUGGAACUGGACAGUAAGACCGGAUCUCUGACCAUCAGGCACAUCAGAACUGAACACGCUGGACUUUAUCACCUGGAUAUCACCGGCCAGCGGCGCACAAUAUUCAAGAGAUUCUUUAUUUCUGUCUGUUCACAGAAUUGGUUUCGAUAUGUUAUGGUGGUAAUUGUUGUUGCUGUUUUGCUGUUGGUCGUGAUUGGAGCUAUUGCUGUGAUUCGUUGUCGUCAAACACAAAAUGGCAAGUAUUACAAAAAGCUGAUGUAUUAAGCAGAUCAUUUGAGAUUUACUGUGUAGCAGAGACUUUGAAGAAGAAAAAAUGUGAUGUGAAAGCAUUUUAAAUGUGUUUAAUUGGGCUCAGUGCCAUUAGGGGGAAUCCAGUAUCAGGUAAGAUGCU